GCCGGAGCAACAAGCUUGGCUGGACUACACGUUUACUGCUGCAGUGUCGUGCUCUGUGAUUUGACGGGAAGAGCAACGAAACGGGGACAUUUUUCCUCACCCAACGUCGGUCUGGGUUGAACUGGAGAAAGGAAGAUGGCUGGUGCUUAUAAAGAUGACCAGGAGGACUGGAUGACUGUGUGUUUCAAGUACCUGCUUUUUGUUUUCAACUUUCUCUUCUGGGUGGGAGGAGCAGCAGUUUUGGGUGUAGGAAUCUGGACACUGUUGGAGAAGAGUGACUAUUUGAGUUUGCUGGCCUCCAGUACUUUUGCUGUCUCAGCGUAUAUUCUUAUAUUGGCUGGGGGCCUGGUGGUGGUCACAGGCUUCUUGGGCUGCUGUGCUGUCAUCCGGGAGCAGAAAGGCUGUCUGUCCAUGUAUUUCUUCUGCCUGCUGUUCAUCUUCCUGAUUGAAUUGGUUGCCGGAGUGCUGGCCUAUGUCUAUUACCAGAAGUUGAGUGAGGAGCUGAAGCAGCAUCUCAACCAGACUAUGACGGAGAACUACUACCAGCCAGGGAAGGAGGCCAUCUCAUUAGCUGUGGACAGACUACAACAGGAUUUUAAGUGCUGUGGCAGCAACAACUCCCAUGACUGGAUGACGAGCGCGUACAUUACAUCAGAGCAGGCAGAGGGCAGAGUGGUGCCUGACAGCUGCUGCAAGACCAUCACCGAUCACUGUGGCAAGAGAGACCACCCCUCUAACGUCUACAAGGUGGAGGGUGGUUGCAUCACUAAACUGGAGAAGUUUCUGGCAGACCACCUGUUAGUCAUCGGUGCCGUAGGAAUAGGAGUGGCUUGUAUGCAGAUCUGUGGGAUGGUGUUCACCUGCUGCUUGUACAAAAGGAUCAAGAUGGACCCUUACUGAGCACACAGAGCCACCAAUAUGACACGUUCAACAGGCAGAUGGAACAAUGCUGACACCUAAUUUCAACUCAGCACAGACAUGUUCCAGGUCACCCACAUAGCAGCGAAAAACAAAUAGUGCCAUUGACCAACCAGGCUGAUUUUAGUUUACAUUGUUAUACUUUUUGAGCUUUGAUUCAGACUUCAAAUUUUCCGAUACUUGUCCAUUAUCUUGCCGUCCUGGAGCAUCAUGUCGCAUGUUGCAUCGUUGCAUCGUUGCCUUUGAUUAGAUGCAUGCUUUACUUUUGAGCAGGACAAAAGAAGGGAAAUACUUACACUUAUUACAUUCCUCUCAACUAAUGAUGCAGAUUAUUUUUCAUGUUUUCACAGUGCAGAGAUUUAUAUAAUGGUGAGUUAUUAUUGGUCAUUCCGCUUCAUGAGUAAGCUGAGUAAGGGCACUUUCUACAUGUGUGUAUCUGUUUUAUGAAGAAAGGAACUGUAUUGUAUCUUUUGUAAACACAAUGUGCCUCUAUCACAAUUCUGCUGGUGAAUGAUUAUAUAGUUCAGAAAAUCCACUUAUCUCUGUGCCUGAAAUCUAUAAAAAGGGAGCUGACAAUGCAUUGUGAUAUUUGGCAGCAAAUCAAAUAUAGUUUAUCUUUAUAUUUGUAUUUAUAUCUGUAUUCCUGAAAAUAGUACUGAAUGUUGAACUGUAAGUUAGUUAUAAAAAAAGCACUUAACAUUUAGUCUAAUAAGUAAAAUAAAAUGAAAUGGUUGAAAUGCUUCUGAAGACUUUGAGAUCCCUGAGUUUGUACUGUAACUCCACCUAGUGGUUGGCACUGGUCCUCUGCCACACUACAUGCAGUAUUGUAAGGUUUCAUUCUCUACUGUAAGGACGCUGACCUUUCUGUGAGCCAAAGAAUGCAAGGACCAAGUUGUUUUUUACUGCCUUAUUUAUCACUUGACAUCUCUUUUCUGAUAGCUAUCAUGUGUGGAACCUUGAGCAUGCUUGUUAUCACUAUAGAAGUGGUAAGUCUGGUUUGGCUGUUCUAAUAUAUGAAGUAAGAUUAAUAAUGGAGUAUCCUAUUGACUUUGGUUUUUUUAAACUUUUGCAAGAACACCAUGCCAUGACUCAGUACUGUGAAAGGGACCAUUUAGGAUUUAUUUUUCUCCUGAUUGACAUAUAAAUGAAGGGUGAUACUGUAUGAUGAUGGUUGUUGAUGAGAUAAUGACAAACACUGGCGUGUGCUCGAGCUACUGACUGUACUAUUCAAAAUAUUCAUGAGAAAUAAAUAAAUACAUUUCCAAAUAUUGUUGCAUUAUGAAAUUUCAUUGUGUUAAUGAAAGUUAAAUAUUUAGACUUGGUUUAGACAAGCAGCUAUGAUGUCAUUAUUGCAGUUUGGCAGUGCUCUAGAUUAUUGGAUUAUGAUCAUCAGGUUAUUAUGUCAACUCAAGAUAGUUUAUUUACAUAGCCCAAAAUAAGUCAUAAGUUUAUCCCAGAGGGCUUUACAAUCUGCAGCAUGUGAAUGAUACUUACUGUAUGUCUCAGAGCCAUGUCAGCCGGAGUGGUACACCACUAGAGGGAGACAAAGAAUUUCUAUUUAGUGAAGAAUUUAAUGAAUUCUGCCAAACCUGACCUGAUUUAUCCAAUUUGGUUGCCUUUGACACUCAUGGUGGCAUUCCCUUAUAACAAGGAGCUCUAUUGCCUUAUUGUAAUAUAAUGUUAUGUUCGUAAAGAAUCAAUUUUGA